AUGUUUAUCCGAUUUUCGUUUUUGGCUAUAUUUCUUCCUCUGCAACUCGGAUUCGCAAAGAGCAACUAUGACAUUGUCAUCUCAAAUCUGGGCUGCGAUAUUGCAACCAAGAAAUACGUCAAUGAAUUGGAUUGCCAACUUCUACGAAAACGGAUUCCCAUGGUAUCGGCCAGAUUUAUUUUGAAUCAAACCAUCGAUUACUUCGACAUUCAUGCCACAUUUGAUUUACUCAAAAAAGAUAAAAGCCGCUUAAACGUGGCCGAUAUCAAGAUGGAUGGGUGCAAGUACUUAGGCUCGAUGUACCAAAACAAUAUUAUUGGCAAACUGUUCAGAAGACUAAAGACUGUCAGUAACUUGCCAGGUAAUUGUCCUGUGUUGAAGGGAAAACUGUUCGAGAUCCGCAACUAUACAUUCAAAUCGGACGAAUUCCCGCCAGGAGUUCCGCAGGCCAAAUGGCAAGUGCGAAUCAAAUUGCUGAAGCGCUCCGAACUGGUUGCAAACGUAUCCAUCGAGGGCUCUGUGGUCUAUAAUACGUGAUGUUAAUGCAUAAUGGAUGCGACUAAAUACGAGUGCUCCAUAACCAUAACC